AUGUUCACUUGCGAUGCGUGUCUGCGUCGGUCACUUUUCUCGCUGGGGAGCGGCGCCGGUGCAUCACACUUCCCGUCCGCAUUGUCCAGUUCCUCGCUCGAGCACACCAUCAGUUCCACGGUAGUCGUCUCUCGCAAACAUGCAACUCUACAGUCCCUCAGAAAGGGCCAUCAUCGCAACGAUCUUUUCAAAGCCUUGAAAGAGGCGCGCAAUGAACCGCCAAUCAAGGCCAGGCCGUCGAACGCUCGCGCGAAACUCUUGGCCAAAGAUGCUCAAGCACGGGAACGUAAUUGGUUACAGCGUCUUGAGCCCUCGGAUCGAGAGGCAUAUCUGAAAAAGGCUAUGGAGAAGGAAGCCAGAUACCUAGUGGAUCCCCUGAAACUGGCACAGGGCGUCGUGGAAAAACUCCGAGACCACAACCUACAAGCCGCGUUGGAGUUGGUUCGUGCCAGCGAAAGAGCUCACAAUGGCAAGGGGGUGGACAAUGUUGUCAGUUGGAACCACAUCAUAGAUUGGCUGAUGGGCCAGGAGUCUCCUGGUGAGGCAUGGAAGGUCUACAACGAGAUGAAAAAAAGAGGCCAUAAGCCCGACUCGCACACUUAUACAAUCAUGCUGAGAGGCUAUCGCGACAAUGUCAAGAAACCAAACGCCGUGCAACAGGCCUUGAGCGUGUACGAUUCCAUCUCCGCCGCCAACUCCGCAGUCACCCCGACCACUAUCCAUACGAAUGCCAUCAUCAGUGUUUGCGCACGCGCGUAUGAUAUUGAUGCUAUAUGGAGAAUCGCUGGGAGGCUUCCCGAACGUGGGCCUGGUGCUCCUGACCAUGUGACGUUCACCACCAUACUGCAGGCCUUGAAUAGCGAAGCCCAAAAAAGAGCCAUAGAUCGAGGGGGCAGGGAGGGUCCUGGCUUCGAUCCUCAGCCAAUAUUUGAGCAAGUGAUUGAUGACGCGCGAAAGUUAUGGCUCGACAUCACCGCCCGCUGGAGAAGGGGGGAUCUUUACUUGGACGAAGCUCUGGUCUGUGCCAUGGGCAGGCUGUUGAUGCUCUCAUCCAACCGGAGCACUCAUCUGGAUGUUCUGAACCUGGUCCAUCAAGCUAUGAAUAUAGGCAGAAUGCCGGAGGUUUCGAAUAAUGAUGCAGAAAAUGGGACAGAUGGAGCAGAGGAAUUGGAAUCCACGGCUGAACGUGACCCUCCCACCAUCCUUGAAGUUUCACCAACGAGAGCGAACCGCUCGAGCCUAUCCUCAGGUCGACCCGGGACGACAAGCUCGUCUGUGUAUGCUACGCCUGGGAACAAUACCCUUUCUAUGCUUAUGGAAACAACUACCGCCCUUCGAAAGCUGAAACUGGGUAAAUACUAUUGGGAAAUUCUCACGGCCGCUGAUGGUCCUUACAAGAUCGUCCCUGAUCACCAAAACAUCAUGGCUUAUCUCCGGCUGCUUCGAGUUUCCCGUGCAAGCAGAGCUGCCUUGGACCUGCUUCGCGCUCCACGACCCGAUGAUGUACAAAACAAACUCAUGGUGCGUGGAACCUUCGUCAUAGCCAUGAGCACCUGCCUACGAGACAAGAAGAAUCCAAAUGUCUUUGAGACAGCCAGUCGGAUUAUGGAUCUGAUGCAAGAGAGCACGCAAGAUAUGGGGGAUGACCUCGAUGGGCACGGAAAAGAACCUCAAGGCCAAAAGCUCAGAUUCUCUCCCAAAGCUCUCCGGAUGUAUCUGGAAGUUGCGAUGGCGACCACCAAAGGAAUCGGCGCGGGCCCGCUCGAGAAGACCAGCAAUGGAGAUCUGGAUUUCGAGCGAGAUCCUAGUAAAAACCACACCUUGAGAGCGCUGCGGCGACUCGGUCCAGAUGUGGUCAAUGUCAGGCAACUGAUCAAAUCGCACUUGGUCGAACUUGAACAGCAAGCUGCCGCGAAAGGACGUACGAUCAGAGUCAAGAAAUUGCUUGAGAAGCGCCAGAUUACACCGUACAGCGUCACCGAAAACAUUGGCGAACUGGUCGAAUUGUUGCGGACCAUGAUCAGUGCGAUCGACAAGAUCAUUCUGGUCAACGAGCGAUUGGAGGAUGAAGGCAUGGGGCCACUAGAUAAAGCCAUCUUGAAAGAGUGUUGGUUGCAGAAACGAAAGCUGUCGGCUUUUGUCUCCAGGGCUGCGAAUGUGGUCACGGACCCCAAAGGACCUGGAGAGCUGAAGGCGCGGCGUGUAAACGAAAGGGGCCAGCCGUUAGCAAGCAGGAAUGGUGAAACCUCCGAGGGGGACGGAGCUGCUUGGUCCGAAGACACGGAGGUGGCAGGCGACGACAUGGUGGACGAGGAUUUCGAUGCCGCCAUCCCUUCUACCAACCCGCACGUAAGACUCGUCAACGAUAUCAAGGCUGCCCAGGCCAAGCACGCCAAAUCCAAAGAAGAAAGAGGUCUCUCCCGACGACAGAAACUCGAAUUGAUCAAGGAAGAGCAAAUCCGCGCUCAGUUUCCGACCAGUGUCUUGAGGGAGCGGCAGAGCAUCAAAGAGCGGACACGAAACAGGUGGAACGAGACAGAGACCGGGCCAGCAUCGACUCGCCAGAGAAGCCGUGCUGCUGCGGGAUUUGCUCGAAAGGCACCCGUCUGGAAAACAAGGCAGAUGGAGAUCAAAGAGAUGAGAAGAGAGAAAAGACAGGCCAAGGAGCAGGCGAGGGAAGCUCAUGAGAGUAGCAGAGCGAGGGAGAGGGAGACGUAUCGGGGAUGGGGAGGUGGGUUUCAAGACAUGUUGAAAGAGCACGGAAGGGCCGACAGAGCUGGGAUUGUGGAACUAGGUCCCCAUGCCUCUACAAAGGCCGAUCAGAGCCCGUCGUCCGUCCCUGCCCGGAAGUGGUCGACACCCCUGGCGAAGACAAUUGCGCAGGCCAUUGAGGUGACGGGACCCAUCUCGAUCGCCUCCUACAUGCGCCAAUGCUUGACAAAUCCUGACGGAGGCUACUACACGACGAGUCGCCCGUCAGCCGAAGACGCAGACCAGUUCGGCGCAGCCGGCGACUUUAUCACCUCCCCCGAGAUAUCGCAAGUCUUUGGUGAGCUUGUGGGGAUAUGGUUCAUGACGGAAUGGAUGGCCCAAGGGCGCCCGACCGUAGGGGUUCAGUUCGUUGAGAUGGGCCCUGGUCGAGGAACACUCAUGAGUGACAUUCUCCGGACGAUUGGACAGUUCAAGACUUUCGCGAGGGCUAUAUCGGCGGUGUGGAUGGUUGAAGCAGGAGAGGGAUUGCGGAAGAAACAGAAAGAUUUGCUCUGUGGAGAGGAUGCCCACAUGAAGGAAGUUGCGGAUGAGACGGGCAAGAAUGUCUGGUGGGAAGCAACCAGCACUCAAGGGAUCCCCGUCAGAUGGGUCGAGGAUAUUGCCCUGCUGCCAGCCCAAGCUCACAAUGCAGGCGAUGAGAUGCCCUUCAUUAUCGCCCAUGAGUUCUUCGAUGCUCUCCCCAUCCACGCGUUUGAGUCUGUUGCUCCCCAACCCGAAGAGGCACAGGAGCAAGAUACCGGGGCCCAGCUUCUCACCGAAAGUGGUCAACCACCGAUUGCGAAGCCGUCUAUGGCCAGCAAACUCCCACAGUGGCGGGAACUACUCGUUGCGCCCACUACGCCGAAACUAACAACGUUACUCUCCGCCGAAUCCGAGAAAUCGUCAAGUGACAGAGAUCCCGAGCCGGACUUCCAGCUCACCCUGGCAAAAGCGAGCACUCCUUCAUCGCUCGUCAUACCCGAACGACCUCGCUAUCGACCCCUCAAAGCUCAAGUAUCGUCGCGUGUCGAGGUAUCACCGGAGAGUUCUCGAUACAUCCAAGACUUUGCGCGCCGGAUUGGCGGAAACGAGGUGCCUCCGGCCACACUUGCUAGGGGAAAGCCCAAGCAGGGCCUGGCCGACGUACCGCAACGAAAACCCUCAGGGGCGGCACUGAUAAUCGACUACGGGCCCCUGGACACGGUCCCAGUCAACUCGCUGCGCGCGAUCCGCAAACACAAGAUCAUCUCCCCUUUUGUCUAUGCCGGCGAUGCGGAUAUCAGUGCGGACGUGGACUUUGGGGCUCUCGCAGACGCGGCUCUGGAAGCCAGUCCAGGCGUCGAGGUCCACGGACCGGUCGAGCAGGGGACUUGGUUGAUGCAGUUAGGGAUCAAAGAGAGGGCGGAGAGACUCCUGAACGAGCUGGACAAGAAAGCCGGCACAACAGGGGCGGAAGAGGCGGUGGAGAAACGGAGGAGAGAGGCUGAAAUGGGUUGGAGGAGACUGGUCGAAGGCGGACCCAAGGGCAUGGGCAAGGCGUACAAGGUCAUGACGAUCCUGCCGGAGAAUGGCGGGAGAAGAAGGCCCGUUGGCUUUGGAGGGAGUGUGGUUCCUGGAUGA